CACCCCUGUAGAUAGUCCACGUGAUGAGCAUUGAUGCCAUGGAGGAGAUAGCUAAGGCUCAAAAGUUAGGGCAAAAGAUUAUCGGAGAACCUGUAACCUCUGGAUUGGUGCUUGAUGAUUCUAAACUUUGGGAUCCUGAUUUCACCACUGCAGCUAAGUAUGUCAUGAGGCCUCCAAUAAGAAAACUGGGACAUGGUAAAGCCCUUAAAGCUGCCCUUUCAACAGGAGUUUUGCAGCUUGUAGGAACUGAUCAUUGCACUUUCAAUUCUACUCAAAAAGCUUUUGGUAUUGAUGAUUUUCGAAAGAUUCCCAAUGGGGUAAAUGGUAUAGAAGAGAGGAUGCAUGUUGUUUGGGAAUUGAUGGUGGAGUCGGGCCAGAUAUCUGUUACAGACUAUGUGCAGAUAACAAGUUCUGGAUGUGCAAGGAUCUUUAAUAUAUAUCCUAGAAAGGGCGCUGUACUAGCUGGAUCUGAUGCCGAUAUUAUAAUACUAAAUCCAAACUCAAGCGUCGAAAUAUCUGCCAAGUCUCACCAUUCGAGAACGGAUACUAAUGUUUAUGAAGGAUUGAAACUAAAGGGGAAAGUUGAAGUUACAAUUGCUGGAGGAAGAGUUGUAUGGGAAAAUGAUGAACUCAAAGUUAUUCCUGGCUCUGGGAGGUACAUAAAAAUGUCUCCUUUCAAUUAUCUAUUCAGUGGUAUUAGUAAGGCUGAUGCUGCAUACUUGUCUUCCCUGAAAGCUCCUGUUCGACGCUUCAGAGAUCAAUCUUGAUUUUUAAAUCUCAAUUUAUUAACCACUAAACUGUAUAUACCAUUUCCAAUAGCAUUGAGUUGAAGCACAAAUAAAUAUCUCAAGGAUCGUAUCUGAAACAUUUCAAAUGUAGUUAAAUCCAAGCCCGGUUACAUAAAUACUCUCUAAACUGUAUAUACUACGGCCUGCAGUAUCAAGUAUAAGUCAUUAUUAUUUGUAACUCUUAGAUAAUAUUGUAGAUUGUCAUUUUACAAAUGAAAAAGGCACUGUUAUUUGUGAAUAAUACUGCGGCCACAUGUUUUAUUUGCAUGGAGUAUGAACUGGUUCACAUGAA